AUGUUCCCUGCGCAGGACGAGGCCGACAGGACGGUGUUUGUAGGAAAUUUAGAGGCCCGGGUGCGGGAGGAGAUUCUUUACGAGCUGUUCCUUCAGGCUGGGCCACUAACCAAAGUGACUAUAUGCAAAGACAGAGAAGGAAAGCCGAAGUCUUUUGGAUUUGUUUGCUUUAAGCACCCAGAAUCAGUAUCUUAUGCCAUAGCUUUGCUGAAUGGAAUUCGUUUAUAUGGAAGACCAAUUAAUGUGCAGUAUCGAUUUGGGAGUUCUCGCUCCUCUGAACCAGCUAGCCAAAGUUUUGAGAGCUGUGUUAAGAUAAAUUCACACAGCUACAGGAAUGAAGAAAUGGUGGGAAGAUCUUCCUUUCCCGUGCAUUUUUUUCCAAUCAAUAAUACUUCUUUACCUCAAGAAUAUUUUUUCUUUCAGAAUAUGAUGAAUAUCUUUUUGUCACAGCAGUGGUAUGUACAAAAUCCAGUGCUACAGCUCCCAUACUAUGAGAUGACUGCUCCCCUCCCGAGCAUCGCGGCUGGGUCUUCCUCACUAAAUCAUGUCCCAGGUUUGGAGGCUGGACCCAGUUCGUAUGAAUGGACUCACCAACAACCAGGUGACUCUGACCUUUAUCAGAUGAAUACACGGAAGAGACAAAAGCAAAACAGUGAUAGUGAUAGUAGUACAGAAAAUGAUAGGGGAAACGAAUAUAACCAAAAAUUCCAGAAAUGUAAGAAGAAGAAAAGAUACUAG